CUCCCAUUUCUGCAUUUCUCCAUGGAGGUACAUGGUCCUCCUCUUAAACACUCACUACAUGUCCACACUCAGCUCUUCCGCUUUUAGUUUUGGAUUUACUUUUGUUUUUUUCUUAUUUAAGGAAGAACCAGAGAUACAGCUUGCGACAUCUUAAAGUAGAGGAACAACUUCCCGCACACCAUUACUCAUGAACUAUUCAGACCUGUGCAGUCGUUGUUUGUGUGGAUCUGUCAUGGCCCGUGCAUGUAGGUGGUUCCUGUGUGCUGUGCUCUCAGUGCUGAUCGUGCAAGCGCAGCCACUAACUGCUCCCGAGGAGCUGGAAGUUAACCCAGAAGGUGGCUGGAAUUUUUCAGGUGUUUGGAAGAUGAAUAUUACGUGGAAGAAUGGCGUCAGCAACGGCAUCACACGAGACAAAGUCACCUACGACGUUAGGAUUUUCUAUACUGAGCAAAUGAAACUGGUUCAUAGUGAGACUAUAGAAUUGAACGCGAAUCAAAUGGGCCAUUAUAAGUGGACCUGGACUUCUCCAUUACCUCUGCAGUGUACGUCACAUUCUGUCCAGCUGCGCUACAGAGACCAUGACCACACCAGUGCCUGGACACCUCUGAAGACGUUACCUGGAAAAGACAUACCUGACAUGAAGAACGAAUCGGUGUAUCCUGUGAACCAUAUUGCACUGGUUAGUGAGGGCAUCAGGUUCUGCUGUAUCCUAAAACCGGAACACGAUGGACAGUUCACAUCCUCUAAUUUCACAAUUCGGAUCAGCAACCGGACUUACAUCACGAACCCUAUCCGACAUGCUCUACCGUCUUCAGCACGCGGCUUUGAUAUAACAUGCGAUAAUGAAGGCUCCACUUACUUCAUUGGCUAUGCUCCUGAUGACCACAACCUUACAUGUGAGACCCGGGAUCUCAGUUCUGUGGAGUGUAGCUGGAUUGAAGGGCAACAAAAUGAUGCAGGAAUGAUCGGCCCCACAAAGUACUCCAUCAACGGGAGGGAAUGUUCACCUCAGCUUUGUGUUCUGAACCAGACCAUAGACACAGGGGUGAUGAACUGGACCCUAACUGCCAAAAAUAACCUUGGCACAAAAAUAAUCUUUGACGCAGCCGAUCCAAAACUCAGGGUGCACCUGAAAGCACCGUCACUUUCCUCCCCCACUCUGUUGAAUGCAAGAAAUGCAAGGCUUGACUGGAAAUGGGACAGACUGUCAAAUUAUAAUUCCUUUCCGAUGAUAUGCCAAGUGGAGCGCAGCGGACGGAUAAUUAACGAAACAUUUGAAGGAACAGGACUGACCUCAUUGUUCCUGGCAGAUCUGAAGCCCUUUACUGAGUACAAAGCUCGUGUUCAGUGUGCCUCUCGCGAGCAUUUUUAUAAAUGGGGGGACUGGAGUAACCUCAUCACCUUCAUCACCAAAGAAGAAAUUCCAGAAGCUGUAGAUGUGUGGAUGCAUGUUUUUGGUGAACAGACUUAUGUUGUCUGGAACAGUCUAAGUGCAGCUCAGAGUCAUGGGACCAUCACACGCUAUGUGCUCUUUAUGGGAAACUCUACAGACAGGAAUGAAGAGCGUGUCACCAAAUCACCAACAGAGUUCUGCCACAAGCUGCUAGCAGGCAGCGCCAAAACACACAACGUCAUUUCCAUAUCUGCUGAGAACUCUGCCGGUGUCUCUCAUCCCUCCAGCAUAACCAUCCCCAACCUGUCUCCAGGUGGUAGUGUUAACACCAGUCGUAUAAAAGGAAAUAAUGGAUCUUUUGAUAUGUUCUGGGAACCGAGCCCUAAUUCCAGCUGUGGCUACGUGCUGGACUGGUAUCCAACUUACAAAGCAAAACAGUGUUCUUUAAAAUGGAGAAAAAUCGCGUCCAGUUCCUCCAAAGAAAACAUUUACUCAGACCGUGUUAUGGACACAGAUUUUAAAGAGGGAGUGAAAUACACUCUCUCGGUUUAUGCCUGCAAUUUAGGAGCACCACACUUGCUGCAGAGGAGAGAAGGCUAUAUGGUAGAGCAGCCCCCAUCAGGAACAGUUCAGAAUUUAAGUGCUGUGCAGGAGGGCUUAAAUAUUUACCUCUCCUGGAUAAAUGUGCAUGAAGAGGAGCACAGGGGCUUUAUAGAAGGUUAUAAUGUGUACUACGGUUAUGAUGGUGGAGAUGCACAGAAAGUUGUUAUAUCUGACCCCAGUAUUCAAAGGUACAAGUUCAGUCUUCAGAUGGAAACCUACAAAUUCACAGUGAAGGCAUUCACAUCUGCAGGAGAAGGCCCUGGAUCUACCAUCACUGUGUCAGUGGAUCCUCAGUUUGACCUGGUGAUUAUUAAUGUUGUCGCUGCACUGGCCAUAAUGAUGUUUGUCUUUUGCGUCAUUGCAUUCCUUACCUACAGAAAUUGGAAACGGGUGAAAACAGUGCUGUGGCCUGAGGUUCCCAAGCCGAUGCUUUCAGAAGAAUUUCUUAAAAAUAAUGUUUAUCAGUGGCAAGUGAUGGAUCAGCUGUUGUGUGAAGAAAAUGAAGUGUUGAAAGGAAAGAAUCCGGACCGUUAUCCUCCACUAAUUGUACUAGAGCUACAGAAAGAACAUCACGAGCCCCAGGCUCGCAACAGUCCUCACACCAAUGACUCACCCCCGUCUGAAAAUUAUCAAACACCUAAUAGCAAUCCACAAUCUCUCCCGCUCAUUACUGUUGACCUUUCUUAUAAGGAGUUUCCAUGUCCUGGGAUUCCAAACCCAACAUACAACCUGCCUGUGGUGCCUGCAUCUGAUAAAGUUGUAGCAUCAGGUUACAGGCCUCAGAUACAGAGUGACAGUAGCCAGCACCAACCCUCUGAUGCUCACUGGUGGUCCCACUCACCAUCCAACAUGUCUGAAAUGCAUUAUAUAGACAAACUGGUUAUUUAAAUCUAUCUCAGCCAGUUGAUGUCAGAUCUACCUUCUAAAACUUAUAUCUGCUCCCUCACUAAAAAGUAGUUUAGUGCACUUCAGCAACAUUUUCAGACUUUUCCAAAGAAUUUUAUCCAAAGGAAGUUGUUUUUUAUGCCAGUAAACUACUUUAUGAUUUUCUAUGUGUGUGUGUGUGUGUUUUUUUAGCAUUUAAAAAAGCCAUCCUCUGCACUUUUAAUGUCAACACUGUAUUCAUGUACCUUCUUUUAUUCGGAUUGUAUAUCUCGCAGCAGUUAUCUUGACAGAUGUUUAUAUGAAUUGUGUUCAGAGUAAACACCUUUAAUGUUUGAUGA